AUGGCUAGUAAGAUAUAUAUUUUGCAAUCUCCAAAAGACCAAACUUUUUACAGAAAUUUUGCGACAUUAAUAACAAGUUUUCCUCUUGGUAACCGAGAGUGGUGGGGCUACAAAAAACCGAAUAAAUUCCAAAAAAUUCAUAGUAGAUUUGUUAUAAUCUUUGCACCGAUUUGCAUUGUGUCGCAAAUAAUUUAUGUCAUACUUAACUACAACAAUAUCCCUUUUAGGAUAUUUAGUACUAUUUUAUCAAUAUUUCCUGUAGCGUGUGUUACAAACAAUGUGGUCAAAGCAGAACGUUACACUCGAUUUGCGAUAUGUUUUUUAACAUUUUCGCUAAUAACUGACGGGUUGCUCUGGAUUAUUGUACCUUUGAGACAUUAUACACAUAAUAUAGAAGAAAUAAAAAAUCAAACAGUUAUGUUACAAACAUUAUCGUACUAUUGGAUGCCGUACGAUUACACUUAUAAUAUAAGAAAUUGGGCUAUAACGCAUCUGAUUAAUUCUUACAUCUGCAUCACUGCUUGUACCAUUAUAAUUGUCUUUAAUUCACUUAAUUAUAUGUUCGUAUUCCAUAUAAUUGGUCAUAUACAAAUGUUCAAGGACAAAUGUCGGACGGAAUUUUGUAACACUCUCAGUGAUAAUGUUACGAGAGAAAAGCUUAUAAGUUUAAUAAAGGACCACUCUUUCAUAAUCGAGGUGUUCAACGAUAUGAAAAACGCAUUCGGAUAUAACGUGACCGGAAGCUACUGCCACAAUUUACUAAGUGAUAGUUUUUUACUCUAUCAAAUUAUGUUUGGGAACAAGGAGGACUGGCUGUUAUACGGUUUGAUGGUUUUUGUAUACUUAGGCGGACUUAUUUUAAUGUCAUUGGUGCUAGAAGAAAUACGUCGUGAAAGUGAUGAUAUGGCGGAUGACAUAUACAGUAUCCCGUGGGAAAACAUGUCGAUACCCAACCAGAAGACUUUAAUGAUGAUGUUAGCUCGCGCACAGCCUGUUCUAGAGUUUAUUUCUGCGGGUGGAUUGCGAGCAGGCGUUCGACCAACUAUAUCGAUAAUAAAAUCAACAUUUACAUACUAUGUUAUGCUGAAAACGAGUAUAAAAGUUAACUAUCAUAGGACUACUUUUAGUUUGGCGGUGAGCUUACGUCUUGGGGCCCGGACGAACGAACCCCAUCGCUGUCGUUGUGGGGUAGACGUCGAUCCUCUUGGUCAUCACGGUUUAGCAUGUCGUCGCAGUGCAGGACGCAUUCCGCGCCAUGCCGCUUUAAAUGACGUCAUCCGUCGAGCCCUUGCCUCUUCCGGCGUGCCGGCAGUGCUUGAACCCAAUGGCAUUGCCCGAGACGAUGGCAAGAGGCCCGACGGUAUGACGCUCAUUCCGUGGAAAAACGGGCGGUCACUCGUGUGGGAUGCCACAUGCGUGGACACUGUUGCUCCAUCCCACGUGAGAGCGACCGCUCGUAAAGCCGGCGCAGCUGCGGCGACAGCCGAAAUCAAUAAAAGGCGUAAAUAUGCGGCGUUGGCAGAUCCGUAUAUAUUUGCGCCUUUUGCCGUGGAGACCUUGGGGCCUUGGGGUGCGGAAGCCCGUCGCCUGUUUAAGGAGAUUUCCGCACGCCUCAUCGACGCCUCAGGGGAUCCAAGGGCUGGCGCGCAUUUCGGCCAAAGAUGUCUUAUACAUUUUACUUUCAAUUCUAUGCACGAACAGUCUUAUUCGUUGGCUAUCUUAAUUGACUUUACUCUUGUUUGA